AGUAUACUUAUAUAAAACAUCAUCGGAUUUUGAAAUACAGAGACGAACAUGUUACGCGAAUUUUUAUUAUGUACUUUCUUGCUCGUUACUGGUUUCGUCCAUGGCGAGAUCAAAAAUAAGGGAUGGUGGAAGAAUGCCGUCUUCUAUCAAAUUUAUCCACGGAGUUUCAUGGACUCAGGUAACGAUGGAGUCGGUGAUUUGAAAGGUAUUAUAUCGAAAUUGGAACAUUUCGUCGAUGCUGGAGUUCAAGGGAUAUGGCUUUCACCUAUUUAUGCGAGUCCAAUGAUAGAUUUUGGUUACGACAUAGAAUGGUAUUUCCAUCAAUUCGAGUACAGGCAACCAGACUUGAAUUACAGUAAUCCAAAAGUGCGAGCCGAGAUGGAAGACGUUAUUCGAUUUUGGCUACGUAAAGGCGUAGAUGGUUUUCGUAUUGAUGCCGUUCCUCAUCUCUACGAGAGAGAUGACCUUCGUGAUGAACCCAGAAGUUCCGAUCCAAGCGCUACGACUCGUGAUUACAAUUACUUGGAUCAUAUUUAUACCAAAGAUGAUCCUCGAACCUAUGAACUUGUAAAAAGCUGGAGAAAGGUUCUUGAUGAUUAUUCCGAUGCCAAUAACGAAGAUGAGAAGGUGAUAAUGACCGAAGCUUAUUCUUCUCUAGAAAAUACUAUGAAAUAUUACGAGUACGGUUCUCACAUACCAUUCAAUUUCAAACUGAUUACCGACGUGAAUCAGAAUUCGAGCGCUUCUGAUUUUAAGAGAAUCAUUGAAGAGUGGAUGACUCACAUGCCAAGCACUGCAAGUGCCAAUUGGGUGUUAGGAAAUCACGAUCGAAGUCGUACUGCAUCACGUUAUCCAAAAAGGAAUUUUCAAAUGACUAUGCUACCAAUGAUCUUACCGGGCGUAGCCGUAACUUAUUAUGGAGAAGAAAUCGGAAUGGUUGACAAGAGUGACAUAUCUUGGGAGGACACGCAAGAUCCGCAGGCUUGUAAUGCAGGAAAGGAUAAGUAUCAAAGCCGAUCUCGCGAUCCAAAUCGCACACCUUUCCAAUGGGACAGUAGUAAAAAUGCGGGAUUCAGCAAAGGUAAUCGAACGUGGCUUCCGGUUCAUGAAAAUUAUAAAUUAUUGAAUUUGGAAAAUCAAAAGAGCAGCAUACAGCAAACACUUUAUAAUGCAUAUCGAUCUUUGAUUCAAUUGCGCAAUUCGUCCCGAGCCCUUCAGGAAGGAAAACUGAAAAUUAAGGUGCUGAAAUUGCAAACACAUUUUUGUAACAACUGUGAAAUAUUAGCAAUCAGUCGAGAAGUUCCCGGAGAGACAGUAUCUCUUUUUAUGAGUUUUUCUCCAGUGAUUAGCCUUCUCGUUGACUUGAAAAAACACAUGACACUUUACAAGAAUACUUAUGUCGAAGUCUGCCCCUUUUCUCCCAAGAGGCAUGUACCGCCUUUCUUGCAAGUAGUCCUUCCACCUUGGCAGGGCUUUGUCGUAUCAUCUAGAAAUUAGAUUCAUAUUCGACAAAUUACAAUAGGAUUUGGAAAUAUAGUGGAAGAUUUUGCAUAAAUUCUAGUAAUUUUCAUGAUGCAAUUUUAUUUAAUAUUCUUUUAAUUUUGUAAUCGAAAAUGGAUUCCAUUCACCUUCCGCUUGAAGCAUGUGUGAAUGCAAUGCCUAAUAUAGAUAAAAUGUGAUUUUUUUUAAUAUCUAUAUUUUGUUGAAUUUAGAGAAUAUUAAGAAAUAUAGGUAGCAAUGGAAAAUAUGCAUUUAAUUAAAUUUCAUGUAAAUUUCCUGUAAAAAGAAAGAAAAGAAUAAAAUUUCAAAAUACAUUUAA